UUCGUUCCUGCCGGAUGACCGCGGUACUCGGUAGUUCAUCGCUCGGUACCGUUGUAGACUGCCGUAUCCAGUCUCCCAGUUCGCUCCUCCGCGUAAAAGUUUCCUCUGCACAUCAAAGGAAUUGUAGAAGUUUGGUACAUCGUUCGUUCCUCAAGUUAUCUAUGUCGUGUAUUGUGUGAGUUUUGUUGAGAAAAGUCAACAUGCGGUGGUGUUUUCCAGCAGUUUUGUUCUUCGCAUUAGUUUGCUCAGUCCGGCCAGAUGAGGAACUACCAGAGCCAACUCUACGCAUCAUGGCGAGGUCGACGGUAUACAACGUUGGCGAGACCAAAGCCAUCUUCUGUAAAGGACAAAAUCUCGUAGAACCUAUUCAGUGGUACUCCCCCUCGGGCAAAUUAGUCGAGGAGCGAUCUACCAAGAAUAGUCGAGUGUUUGUUGAACGGAAGACUGAAGACAAUGGAGUCCUAGUGCCCCUCAUCAUCCAUCGCAUCAAGAUCAGCGAUGGAGGCAACUGGACCUGCAAAGCUGGGAACCUGACUGAAACAAAGGAGUUUAUAGUUGGAGAAAAAGUGAACAUUACCGAUAGAAAUGUCACUUUGGAGGGAGAAGAGGGAAAAUCUGUGAAGUUGACUUGUGAGGCCAACGGUUACCCCCUUCCAGUCGUCGUGUGGUACAAGGACAAGCACCAGAUUAGGGACAAAGAGGACCCCAAGAAGUACACAAUCAAGCCAGACAACACAUUAGAAAUCAAGAAAUUGAACCACGCCGACGUUGGCCUUUACGUUUGCAAAGUGAGACAAAAGGCGCUGUCUCACUACACUGAAAAGACUGUUCAUCUGUCUGUUCAACAUAAACCAAUUUUGUACAACAGUGAUACACAGAUGAUUUACACAAACACAAAAUACAAGACUGAAGAGGUUUACGCCAUUUUGAAUGAUACCAAAAACGUGACUUGCAGUGCCAUCGCGAACCCACCACCAACCUAUAGGUGGUUCAGGAGGAUCAACGGUUACGAUGAUGACGCCAUCACGGAUCCCGAUACGGUGAUCACUUCCGAAGAUGGAACCAACUCCGUGCUUGUCCUGCGAAUUCGAGACGAAAGCUAUUAUGGCGAAUACAGAUGUUCUGCAAACAACAGCAAGGGUUCCGAGUCUAUCAUCUUCCACGUAAACCCUGGUUCAAAACCUCAACCUCCAGAUACCGUCCAAUUGGCAGCAGCUAACACAACUAAUCUAACCUUCAACGUGACCUGUUCAUCCUGCAACUUCGCUACUCCAGAUGAAGUGCCUGAAUCACCAGAUCCCAAAAACCUCACAGUCAUUGGGUACAUUUUCCAGCUUGCUCCUAGUAAGCCAGGCUACCCAGCUGAUUGGGAUGGAGCACCAGAAUUCCGCGUUGAUAUUGAAAGUGCUAACAAUACCCUGUUCACCUUGGGACCUCUAUCAAACAGCACAGUAUUCCACGUUCGUGUGCGCACGCGCAACGCUGCGGGUAACUCUGAAUGGCUGGAAGCUGGCGAUGCAGCAACUACUGAUGACGCCAUCAGGCUGUCUGCCACUCUACUCCUCAUGAUAGCGGCAAUUUGUAUGCAUCUUUAUUAAAAAAGCAGCUUUGUUUGGAGUGGGGAUGUUUCGUUAAAGUAUAUAUGUAUAAAAAGGUCUGUUGUGAUUCGCUGGCUUAAGUUUAGUUUCGGAUGGGUGCCGACAAUUUUGUGAAAUUUGUGUGCGUAUAGUUCAAUGUUAAUGUGUUACGUUUAUCACUUAAGAAAUGUUUACUGUACGUUGAAUCACGGAAUUAAAUAUUAAAGUAGAAAGUUCAGAGUUAAUUACAGAUUAAUAUGAAGAUAUUUACUACAUAGUUCACUUAGCAAUCGAUGCCAAAUAUAAAGCCAAAUCGUUGAAUUGUGUUUAGUGUUAAAUUAAUAAAACAUUCUAUCCCCAUGACAUUCCAAAGUUAAUGUAGAUAGAUAAUAUCUAAUUUGAACAAAAUAAUUAUUGUCUAUUAUUAAAAUUUUAAAUAAUUAAGUGUUCAAUUCUCCGAAUAGUUGAAAGGCCUGAAAAGUUGUACUUUUUAAUUAAAGUAACUUGUAUCUAUUUAAUAUCGACUUGAAAGAAAAGUAGAAACGAAAAUGUUUUGGCUUGAUUUAAUUUGCAGAUAAAGGAUGCGCAUCACUGUUUAUGUAAGUAUGUUAUAUUGCUGUGAUUUGCUUAAGUACGCGUUUGAUAAGGUAUUUACAGAACCAAAUUACAUUCAACCAGUCCAAGACAACAUGAUACCAAUUAACAAAAAAAAUGAAAAACGUUAAACG